AUGCGGCGUACAUUGGGAAUUCUGCUGGCUCUCGUGUCGAUAUCCUUUGCUUCGAUUCUCGAGGAUGCCUCCCAGCUGGGCGAACUUGCAUAUGACUUCGUAGUGGUCGGUGCCGGAACCGCCGGAUCCGUGGUUGCCAGUAGACUCUCCGAAGAUCCGAGCGUCAGCGUGCUCCUCCUUGAAGCCGGCGUGUCUAACCAAGAGGGCCCCUUGGCACUCCAAGCUCAAGUACCCGGCUUAUGCGUUGGCCUCUUGGGAACACAGUAUGACUGGAACUACACGACCGUACCGCAACCCGGGCUGGGUGGAAAGAGUACUGGUUAUGCUCGCGGUAAGGUUUUGGGCGGUAGCAGUACAAUCAAUUUCAUGAUCUACACGCGAGGAUCUUCGGAUGACUGGGAUAAAUAUGCAGAAAUCACCGGAGAUGAUGGCUGGUCGUGGAACGGGAUUCAGAGUGCUAUUCAUCAGAAUGAGCAUUUCGUUACUCCUGCGCACUAUGUCCCGCCUCGAAUUGACCCUCGGGCCCACUCUUCGACGGGAGUGAACAAUGUCGGGUUGAGCAACUACUCUUGGCCCGCUGACACGCGUGUAUUGGAAACAGCGUACGACCCGCAUUCUGGGUUCCCGUACAACGCAGACAUGAACAAUGGGAACCCUCUAGGCCUUGGGUGGUGUCAAGCAACCAUUGGCAACGGUACCCGGAGUAGCUCAGCGGCUAGCUACCUAUCGGCCGAUGUCAUCGCACGCCCAAACCUGGAUGUUCUGCUGCACGCACAAGCCACGAAACUCUUGACCAACGGUACUACUUCGGAUGGUGUACCGAUUUUCACAUCGGUCGAAUUUGCAUCCAACCGUACAGCCACGAGACAUGUUGUCAUCGCGAAGAAGGAAAUCAUCGUAUCGGCAGGAACGUUCAACACGCCUCAGAUCCUCUUGCUUUCCGGAAUCGGGGAGGCCCGGUCGCUGUCCGUGCUCAACAUCUCCACCAUCAUCGACUUACCCGACGUAGGACAAGGCGUAUCCGAUCACCCGGUUCUUCCAGCGCAGUGGACUGUGAAGCCGCAGCGGACAUUGGGAACGUUCCUCGACGAUCCGGCAAACCUGACCGCCGCGAUGGCCGAGUGGAAUAAUACUCAUCAAGGGCCGCUGAGUUUCACUAUCACUCCCCAGCUCGGUUGGAAGCGAUUAUCCGAUGACGACCCGCUUCUUCAAAACGUCAGUGACCCUGCUGCUGGACCCAAGUCUCCCCAUUUCGAGCUUCUCUUCAUACCUGGGCUUGCCGGAGGGACUCCUCCUGGCGAGAGCUUUUUCAGCAUUGAUUUUGUCGUCGUGUCGCCCACCUCACGCGGAUCUGUGUCGCUCAACACGUCUGACCCGUUCGAUCAACCCUUGAUCAAUCCCAAUCUUCUCGGUACGGAUUUCGACGUAGGCGUAAUGACCCGAGCACUGGAGUCUGCGCGUCAUUUCGUGGAAGGGGAUCCAGUAGCGUGGAAGAGCGAUAUGGCUGCUGAGUUCGGUGGUUUCUCGAACGCAACAUCAAGCGAAGCUAUGUUGGAGUACAUCCGCAGCAAUUCGGACACUAUAUGGCAUGCUGUGGGCUCGGCACAAAUGAGUGCACGUAACGCAACCACGGGCGUCGUUGAUCCGGAUCUAAAAGUCAAAGGUGCAAAAGGUCUCCGUGUGGUCGAUGCCAGUGUUUUUCCUUUCGUCCCUGCCGCCCACACGCAAGCACCAGUAUACGUUGUCGCGGAACGCGGUGCGGCCAUGAUCAAGUCGGACUGGAAUUUGGCGUAG